AUGAAUCGAAGCAAACAAAAUAUUCCGAUCAUUAAUCGAAAAUUUCCUUCUAUUUUGACUAUUAAUCUUGCUUCUUCUCGUCGAAUUUUAUCAUGGAUUACUCUAAUUGCUACUAUUUUACUUGCUAUAUCUACACUUAUUAUAAAAUGGGCUAUUUUAAAACCAAUUCAUGAAGAAAUUAUUUAUAAAUUUAAGAAUAAACAACCAGUUUUUUUCAAACGACAUUCAAUUUGUCGAAUCAUUGAUUUGAGUUCUGAAUUUAAUAUCUUCACUUUUCCUCUUUCUUGUUUCAUUAUUUUACUUUUCGCUAUAAUAACAAAGAGUGUUUCAUUUCAAGGAAGUAAAUAUUGUAAAGGUUAUAUUGGUAUUCCAAUACCAUUAGAUUUUUUCGCUCAUGUUAAACGAACAUUGGCAGCAGUAAUAUUUGCUAUUUUUGCUGAUGAAUUAUUAGAUAUUGCAAAUGAUGUAUUGAAUGGUGGCAAUCCAUCGUCAAAUAAAGGUGUCGCAAUAAUUUAUCUUCUUCAAAUUCUAAGAGUUCUUGUUAUUGGUUUUCGAUGUUAUCCAACUUUAGCAGCUGUCUAUAUUGAUACAUGGUUCACUUUACUUUGUGCUACUAUAUAUGUAUGGUUCGAUUUUAGUAUUACUAUUGUUUAUAAUGGUCUAUGUCAUAAUGAUUAUUAUCCAUCGAAUGAUGAUUAUAAUAAAACAAAUGUAACGGAUAUUCCUCGUUAUUUAUGUUUAGCUUAUAUUAGUAUUAAAUUACCAAUAUUACUUUUUAAACGAAUUCGACAUAGACAUAUAAGAGAUAGACAAUUAACACGUGAGCAAAAAACACUUUUAUAUUCAUCAUUACCAUAUUCAGUUGAAGCACAAUAUGUUAAAAAGUUAUUUGGAAUGAGUAAUACAAAAAUUUCAACAAAUCAUUUUUCUCAAAUUUUUCAAUUUAUUUAUACAUGGCGAGAUGAUUUUCGUUUUUCAUCUCGUGUUGUUUCUGUUUAUACAUCAGUUUUACUACUACUUUACUUUCUUACUAUUCAGUUUUGUGUACAAGGCCCUCCAUUACUCGGCACAAUUCGUAGAAAUAGUCAAGAACUAGCUAAUCUAUUUUCAAAAUUAAUAAAUACACCAGAUCCUAACUUACAGCUAAAUGAAAAUCCAUCGUCUGAUUUUCCUUUACCUGAUUUUGUUCGAACAUAUUUGAUUGCUUUUAUUGCUGCAUUAUUUAUAACUUUUAUACAAUUAUUAAUUAUGCUUGCUGGUAUUCGUCGAAAUCUUUUACAAGCAUAUCGUGGUGAUGAUUGUGAAAUUCCACGACGUAUAUCUUCAGAAAAUAUUAAUUAUAUUACUGGAACAUUUCAUUUUGCUGGUUAUUUAAUUGGUUAUGUUAUAGUAGGUUAUAUAUUUCUAGCAAUUUUUCUUUUCAUUAUAUUAAUUUCAAUUGAUGCAUUUAUAAUCUAUGGAAAUGUGAAAACUCUUGAGACUAUUUUGAAAAUUAUUAUUCCUACUUUACUUCUUGUGUUUUUUAAAAUGUAUUUAAAUAAAAUUUUGGGUCAAUAUGUAUUUUUACAACGUGCUGGUGAAGUUUUAUCAAUUAAUAAUCGUCGAGCAUUAAUGAUAUUUCUAUAUUUUAAUUUUUUUCUUGAUGCUUUUUUGGGUUUUGUUGCUGCUAUAAUGCGUAUAUUAAGAAGUAUUGCUAGUGAAAUUUUAUACAUGUGUCGUUUGGAUUAUUCACCAUUAGGUCGAAAAUUGGAAACUAUUGAUGCAGGUUUUAGUGCAUAUUGUGGAUUUAUUUUUGUUGAAUGUACUCAUCGACAUCCUGUUCUACUUUAUUUUGUUAGUCAUCUUCUUCGUGAUCAUCUUUAUGCAACAAAUAAAAAACGAUUAUCGAAAGCAAGACAUAAAUGGUAUGUGGCUGUAUUUUUAUUGAAUAAUCCAAUAUUAAUUUAUCGACGAAAACGUUUUCUAACACAUUUACAACAGACUGAAUUGAAAAUGAUGUUAAUUGAAACAAAAAAUCUGAACGAACUUUAUAUUGAACAACCACCUAUUUUAGCUCAUCGAGCAAGUGUUAUUUCAGUGAAAGAUUUGGAAGAGUUGUGGGAGCGACGAAAAUUCUAA